GACACGUAGUGCACUUUGUGUGUCACUGGGAGCGGUUUGGGAUUCGCCCACACGUUCACAUGGACGGGACACAAACAUAUUAAAGCUCUUUAUAUCGUUAUUAUCCUCAGGUUGGAGUGGCUGUGGUCAGGAUGGAGACCAGUGUGUUGCCUGACUGGGAGAUGAGUCUGUACUGGAUCCUGUCCUUCACCUCUCACCUCUACUCAUUCUACCAGCUUCACCUGUUCUCUAAAGAGCAUGAGGAGAGCUUGGAAAAAGAGGGGCAGCUUGAGAAAGGCUUCUUGAUCCAGGGCAGUAAAAAGGAUGCUGCUGAUUUUGAGUGGAGUUUCUGGACUGAGUGGGUGUGGCAUUCUCUCCUCUGGUCUCUUAUUGGUCAUGCUGUGUUGUCACAGUUUUCCAGUGUGUGGAUGCCUCAGAUGAGAAAGGCCAUCCUCACAGUGUAUGGUGUUCUAUGUGCCUGGUGGCUCCUUGGUUUGAGGGGCGUGGCCGUUCUGAUGCUUCACCUAGGCAUUUCAUUGGCUGUCGCUCAGCUGCAGAACCCCGCCCUUUCCUGGGGCUGCACCCUCUUCCUGCUUUCUACGCUGCACAUCAGCAGCACACAAGAUAUACAGCGAGGCUGGUACGACUCUGAGGAGAACUAUUAUCUCCUGAUGUUCAGCAUUGCAAUGUGUUUGUUACGCUGUGUCAGCUUCAGCCUGGAGCUGUGCUGGAGCCCCCUGCAGGACACACAAACAAAUCACGAUUUCUCUUUGCUGAACUUUCUAACACAACUCUACGACCUUGUCUCAUAUUGUUUCUAUCAUCCACUGUUCUACAACGGACCCAUCAUUAACUACAACCAUUUCAGCCAACAGAUGAAGAGUGCAGUGUGUAAAGUGUCACUCUCCGUGAUGCUGGGCCAAACUUUGCGUGUGUGUUUGUGGUGGUGUUUAGCUGAGCUCAUGAUCCACUUCAUGUACAUUCAUAGCAUCCAGAACAACGAGACCUACCUUGUAGUUCUCCCAUCCUGGGCUCUGGGAGGCCUGGCCCUGGCUCUCGUACAGUUUUUCUAUGUGAAGUAUUUGGUGUUGUAUGGUGUUGCAUCUCUGCUGAUGAAGUUGGAUGGUAUUGAGCCUCCUCCUCUGCCCCGUUGUGUGAGCACCAUGAAUAGCUUCCAAGGGAUGUGGAGGCACUUUGAUGUGGGGCUAUACAGAUGGCUCAUCAGGUAUGUGUACAUUCCUUUGGGAGGUUCUCAGCAUGGGCUUUUCCAUAAGCUUAUCUCCAUGGCGAUGACGUUCAGCUUUGUGUGUUUGUGGCACGGUUGCCAUGACUACCUGCAGUGCUGGGCCCUGCUCAACUGUGUGUGUGUGAUAUUAGAGAACAGCAUCACACACUUUCUCUGCUGGCCUCCUCUUCAUUCUGCCAUUGCAUGUUCUCUGUCAUCGUCCAUGAGGAGGCGUGGCCUUGCGCUUAUCUCUGCUUUUUCCACAGCUAUGUUAAUUCUGUCGAAUCUGGUUUUUCUGGGAGGAAUUCACAUUGGCCGUGUGUAUUGGGAGAGGGUUUUUAUGCAAGGCUGGUCCUCCAUUGCACUUCCUGUGCUUGGGUGUCUGUACUGUUUUGCACAGGUUGGACUGGAGAUGGACAGAAAGAAGACAUGAAGACUGUAUGAAUUUUAGCUCAUCAGGCAGAGUGUGUCUGGAGUUUGGGUGUGUGUGUAUGUGUGUGUGGUGGGAAUGGGCGGGGUGGGGUGGGUGCUGAUUCUUCUUGUGCUUAAAUGGAUUUAUGCAUUUACUGCUGUUAUUUAUUUAUGUUUAUAUGGUUUAUAAAAGCACUCGUAGCUGAUCAUUUAUAAAUAUCAAAAUUUCAGAUGCAACUAAUUAUUUUUUUAAUAAUGGAUUAUUAUCAGACAUUUAGUACACUCAGUGAAGACAGGAGGUGCUUCAUUGUGCAUAAAUAAACUUUUUUUUUAUGCUUAGUGUGCAUGUGUGUGUGUGUGUGUGUGUUUUAUUCCUGAUCACACACUCUCAUCUUUCUCAGAUCUGCUGCCAGGUUUUUAUCCAAUUGUUCCUUUUUUCCUUUUGCUCUCUCUCUC